AUGAAAUGUUUCAAUACAUCAAACAUUUUUGUAUUUCGUUCCAAAUGUCGUCGAAAUUACAGUAAAAUAAUAACAUCGAGUACAUCAUUUCUUUUAUUUCAAUGGCAUCAACGUAUUCAUUUUUAUCUAUCAAUCAUUGCAUUGUUCAUAGCAGGUUUAAUAUCUUAUUAUAAACCAUUUGGCCUUCUUUAUAAUUUCAAAUAUGUUAAACCAGAAACUUCAUUAAUUAUUCCUAUACGUAAUAAUUUAAUAGAGAAACAAAAGCAACAACAACAACAAGCUUAUGAGUGGCUUGAUAGCGUAUGGAAAAAUCCAAACAAUCACUCAAAUAUUAUUUCAAAUCAAACUGAUCAAUCACGUUUUUAUGAUUUUAUUCAUAUGCAAACUAUAAAUUCGUCUUUAUCGUCUUAUAAAUUGUUCGAGAAGCCAAAACAAACAUCAUCAAAUACUCAAACGGAUACCAGUGAUCAAAUUAUUAUUUCUAUUCUAUAUACUCAACAAGAUGUCGAUCAUCAUGAUGGCAAAUUUUACGUUGGUCAAGUACUUUAUCAACUUUUAAAAAAUUAUCAUCCACGUUUUAUUAUCACUUUAUGUGAAAAUGGAAAUGCGGAUGGUAAAAUAUCGGAUGAUAUUGAAUUAAUUCGACGAUUAGUACCUGCUUUUAUUAUUAAUACAACAAAUUCAGCGCAAACGUUGGAUAUGUAUGAACGAGAAAAACAAGCACAUUUACAAUGUAUUCUAGCAAAUUUUCAGUCAUUUCCAAAUGCUAAUUAUUUUCUAUUAUUACAAGACGAUGCUCAACCUAUUGGUGAUGAUUUUUAUCUUCGUUUUCUAUCUCUAAUUGAUUAUCGUGUAAAACAGCGAUGGCCAAUAGAUGGUUAUAGAAAACAACCAGCUUUUCUUAAAGUCUAUCAUCCAAGAUGGUUAACUGAUUAUCGACAUCCAUCAUUCUAUAUUAUCGUGCAAUUAAUUGCAUCGAGUCUUUUUCUCACAUUUUUUUCUUUUGCUUGUUUUUAUUUAUUUCAAAUCAUUAAACAGAGCAACCAAAAUAAUUCAAUGACGCAUACUAAUAAAUUCUCCUGGCAUUGCUAUGAUAUAUUUAUCAAUCGUCUCAAAUCGGGUGACUUAAAUCGAACUCAUUUUCUAUAUUAUUUUUUACUUUUCACGGCUGUACUUAUUUUACUAAAUCAUACUAAUGUAUCCUGGGCAUGGCGUUCGCUGCAUCCAUCGUUUUAUGCUAUUUAUCCAGCACCAUCCUGUUGUUUACCUGGUGUAGUCUAUUUUCGACAAACAUAUGUUCAAGUCACUGAUUAUUUGAAUAGUGUUAAAUGUUAUAAUGGAUAUGCGAUCGAUACAGCUUUUGAUGAUUUACCAAAACGAAUACAUCUGCAAACAUAUCUGGUCGAACCGAAUUUAGUUCAUCAUAUUGGUUUAUAUUCGAGACUUCGGCACAUGUAUAUUAAUCCAUAUUUACUUGAUUAA